UCCGGUUAGUGUCGCCAUCUGCUUUCUCGUCCUUCUCUUCUCCAAUCUCCGUGUUGUUGUUCCCGGUGACGCGGAGGUGUAGCCUGACGCGGGCUCUUACGUGUCGGCCAGAAUAAAAGUGGAGCUCCGGAGGCCCGGGAGUGACGAAGGGAGUCUGUAUCGGUAAGGACGGAGUGGUGUCCGGGGCUCAGAGACACGGGACUCAGCCCUAGAAAGUGUCGGUGUUGUCGGGUUCGGCCCGAAGGAAACAAAGAGAUCAUGGCGCCGCGCUCAACCGAUGAGGAUGGAGUCAGUGGAGGUUCAGCAGGGGGCGGAGGCUGCUGUGACUGAGACGGAGACCCAGCACAUCACCCAGGCUCAGAUCGCUACUCUGGCCCAGAUGACCAUGACGUCGGGCCUCACCUCAGCAACAGGUCCCACGGUAACACUGGUCCAGCUUCCCAACGGACAGACGGUCCAGGUGCACGGUGUGAUCCAGGUCGCUCAGCCGUCUGUCAUCCAGUCCCCACAGAUCCAGACUGUGCAGAUCUCCACCAUAGCAGAGAGUGAAGAUUCACAGGAGUCAGUGGACAGUGUGACCGACUCUCAGAAACGCAGAGAGAUUCUGUCCCGACGCCCCUCAUACAGGAAAAUCCUGAACGACCUUUCGUCCGACGCUCCGGCUGUCCCUCGUAUCGAGGAGGAGAAGGCAGAGGAGGAUUCAUGUGUUGCUGCUACACCUUCAAUCACCACCGUCACCAUGCCCACACCCAUCUACCAGACCAGCAGCGGCCAAUACAUUGCAAUCACACAGGGUGGAGCCAUUCAGCUGGCUAACAACGGUACAGAUGGAGUCCAGGGCAUCCAGACUCUGACCAUGAGCAACGCAUCAGCCGCGCAGCAGGGGGCAACCAUCCUGCAGUACGCUCAGACCAGCGACGGCCAGCAGAUUCUGGUUCCCAGUAACCAGGUGGUGGUCCAAGCCGCCUCUGGUGACAUGCAGGCCUAUCAAUUCAGAGCAGCUCCCACCAACACCAUCGCCCCAGGGGUGGUCAUGGCUUCGUCCCCCGCCCUGCCCAUCCAGGGCGCUACAGUGGAGGUCACCCGCAAACGAGUAGUCCGCCUCAUGAAGAACAGAGAGGCAGCCCGGGAAUGUCGCAGGAAGAAGAAGGAGUAUGUUAAAUGUGUGGAGAACCGAGUGGCCAUCCUGGAGAACCAAAACAAGACACUAAUCGAAGAACUGAAAGCCCUUAAAGACCUUUACUGCCAUAAAUCUGAAUAGUUCCCGUCCUUUACACCGAGCUGGGCUAAGUAGCAUUUCAGUUCUCUUUAAAUACUUUGACUGUUUGAUACUGUGUGCCUGGCCCUCCAAUUAGCACACAGCGGGCCAGUCCAGUUUUCCUUUAACCAGUUAAGCCCCAUGAUGCAACAUCUUGCAAGAAACAGCGUCUGAGGGCUUCUUAACAUUUAACAAACUAUGAAUGUGUCAUACCCACUUAACGGGAAGAAACUCAGCUAUCAGACAAUAUUAACAAUUUUUAUCUAAACGAAACACAAGGGUAAUACCAAGCCUCUGAAUUAGCACUAAGCAAAAAAAUGCUAACACACGACAGAACUCACGGGAGAAAUAUUUUAUGCUUCAUCGGUUCUGCACAAACAAGAUAUCAAAUGAAAGCUGAGAUUCCACAUAUUCCAAUGGUAUAAGUAUCAUCACUCCACGACCAAGACUCAGGGCAGCGAAGGCACCAGACAACACACAACUUAGCUUUACGGGGCCAAAACGGCAAAUAUGUCUUACCUUUGCUGUUUUCUGAUCAAAAGUUUGUUUAAUGGCAUUAAAACGCAUAUAAACGCUGCUGAAGGUUAA